AUGCAGCGAAGAUCUAUCUUUGGUGGGCGGAAAUCCAAAGCUUUCACAAAAGAUGUUCGCUUGCAGGCGAAGGAGGAGUCCAAAACUCCCGUUGACAUUGAGACUCAAGUCAAGCAGCUGGUCCAGCAGCAUGGUCGUCUACAUGCGAAGACGUUGACGUUCAUGAACCACCAAGCCUUGGCUUACCGAGACAUGGACAAGAAUGAAGACGCCUUGCAAGUGUACCGAGAGGUGCACGACGGCUGCAAGCAGACGCUGGGGAUGCAGCAUCCCUACACGCUUGCAAGCAUUUCCAAUCUGGCGAACAUACUCUUCGAAAUGGACCGACUUCAAGAGGCAAGGCCUCUGCUAGAGGAGGCACUCGAGAGGCAGUCGGAAAUGCUGGGCUCCAGGCAUUUGGACACGCUGCAAACUGCACACAGCUUGGCACUCCUGUUGGAGGAACAGGGGGAGUUUCACAAGGCACGGAAACCUGCCUGA